AACGAACUGUGAGGAUGCAAAGGGUCAGAUGAGCGAAGAAUGAUGAGACGAAUCCGUUUUUCAACAGUAGUUUUAACAUUAUUUCCUCAGUUGUAUUAAUAGCACCAGCAUCAGUAUCAUUAUGCGAGGACCAGCAACAGAAGGAUGAUAAACAUGAUGACCAACACCACGCCGACUGCCGUGGUUGAUACAACGGCAUCUUCCGAGUCACCUUUCCCCUCUGUGGCGGAUGCCAGACUAGUGAAGAGCGCGGAAGUGGAGAAAAAGCUGAUAGAAGUAAGUGGUGCAAUCGAGAAGGCGAAGGAUGCGCAGAUGCAGGUGCAAUAUUAAUUGUACAAUUCCACCUUCUGGGGGUACCGGUACUAGAAGAAGUAGGACUCUACUCAAGGAGAAAGAACCUUUAUUUAAGAUCAACAGUUGACUUUGACACCACCUUAAGCAUGAUUCUCGAAAAAUCAUGGCUGCACUGACUUGCACAUUCGUUUUCGUAGUUCUUUCUGCAACGCUUUCUUUGGCAUGAUCAAAAUGUAAAUACUGCCAGGCUCAAACAAGCCGCGCACGUGCCGAGGAGGUCUAUGCGGAAACGCGUCGGAUUAUGGAAAAUUUUGUGAAGGACUGGAAUACGACAAGUGCGAAAUAAGCCUGACGAAAGGAGAAGCAUUGAAAUGUCGGUGUCUGUCAUAAUGCGACAUUGAGAUUGAUCCCCAUUCAAGAAAUGAAAUUAUUCUCUAAUGACAUCUACGUAUGAUUCCAUCAAGGCCAAGAGAAUGACAAAGAACAAACUAAACUGCGACUGGUGCUGUGUGAAUUAGAAAUCAACUAAUCGAUCCUCUUCGUCAUUUUAGCGCAUUUUUUGCGGAAAAAAAAGAAGUUUCAAC